AUGCAGCACCGCAACAGCGCGUGGGGCUCUGCUGCUGCUGCUGCUGCUGCUGCAGCCCCCGCUGCAGCAGCAGUGCUUCCUGCAGCAGCAGCAGCAGCAGCCACGCCGUCUUUGCCGACGCCCGCAGCAGUAGGCGCAGCAGCAGCGGAAGCAGCAGCAGCAGCUGCCGCUGCAGCGGGGCAAGAGCUGCCGCCGGGUGCUGCUGCUGCUGUUGCAGCAGCAGCAGCAACAGCAGCAGCACGGCAGCAGCUGCCUGCUGCAGCACAGUACACACCCCACAGCAGCCACUUGCAAUAUGCCACGCGGCCGCUGCAGCAGCUGCUGCAGCAGGCCCUUUACCGCUGCCGCAAAGACUUGCAUUCUUGCUGCCGCGUGGCGCAGCAGCAGCAGCAGCUGCUGCAGCAGCAGCUGCAGCAGGCAGCAGCAAAGGGCGAGGGCGAGCGCUUCGCAGCCACGGAAGCAGCAGCAGCAGCAAGCAGCAUUCUGCGCACUGCUUUGCUGCAGUACAGCAGACACAGCAGAGAGCUGCUGCUGAAGCUGCUGCUGCUGCACACCCAGUGGCCCGUGCUGCAGCAGCAAGUCGACAGUCUGCUGCAGGAGACUGCCCGCAUGCAGCAGCAAAAGUUCAAAAUCAGGGAUGUCAUACUUACCCAACAAAUGCAGCUGCAGCAGCAGCAGCUGCAGCUGCUGCCGCCGCCCUGCCCUGUUGAUGUGGCUAUGGAAGUUCUUGCCACUGGGACUUACCAGCGGCUGCCGCUGCUGCUGCAGCAGCAGCUGCUGCUGCUGCACGUGCAGCAGCAGCAGCAAACCCCGGGAGCAGCAGAUGAGGACCUUGACGGCAUUGAAGAGGCUUAUCAGCACCUAGAUCCUGCUGAGUGCGUGGAGACUCGGAAGCGGCUGCAGGACUCUUUGCUGCUGCAGCUGCACACUGCGUCGCUGCAGCAGCAGGAUCAGGUGCUGCGGGUGAACCUGAUUUUGCUGCUGCGCCUUGGCUUCGCCGUUUCAGCAGCAACAGCUGCAACUCCUGCUGCUCCUGCUGCUGCUGCAGCAGCAGAUUUGAAUGCACUCUCAGUGGCUAUCUUCAGGCAAAACACCAGGGCAGCUGUUGAAAGAGCAAAUCUGGAGCGAGGCCGCGUAGAGCUAGCAGAGUUAAAGGCGAAAACAGCAGCAGCAAACCGCAGCAGCAGAGAGGACCUGCUGCAGCAGCUUCGGGUUAUUCAAGAGGCAGCAGCCCGGCUCGGUGUGGCGCUGCCAGAAGAGGCCAUUGCUGCUGCUGCUGCUGCACAAGAUGGCGAUGGAAGCAGCAGCAGCGCUAGCAGCAGCAGCAGCAGCAGCAGCAGCAGCAGCAGCUCCAUCGCGGUGCGGCCGGACAGCCAUGAGGCCUCCAAAAGCGAGAUGACGGGCGGAACUGCGCAAGCAGCAGCAGCAGCAGCAGCAGAGGCGGAAGCAGCACCCGAAGCAACAGCAGCAGCAGCAGCAGAAGCAGCAGCAGAAGCUGCAGCAGCGGAGGCGCCGCUGCAGCCCUUUGACGCCUUCGGGUGUCUCUACCGGGAGACGCGGCGGGUGCUGUUUUGCUGCUGCUUAGAUUUGCUGCAGCAGCAGGCGAUGCGGCACCUUGCCGUGGCAGCAGCACUUGCUGCCAGCAGCAGCAGCAGCAGCAGCAGCAGCAGCAGGAGGCACUGCAGGGAGUCGCUCCUGCACUUCGUGGUGUAUGUGGCUUUGUCUCACAGCGGCGCAAUUGUCUCUUCCGGUGUCUCCUCAGAAGCAGCAGCAGCAGCAGCAGCAGCAGCAGCAGCAGCUCCUGCUGCGGACUCCGCUGCUACUGCUGCUGACGCAAACGCAGAAGCAGCAGAGGACUCGGCGCUGCAGCUGGGCGAGUCUGCUGCUGCUGCUGCAGGCCCGACUGCAGCAGCAGCAGGAGCCUUCGUGCCUCUGUCAACAGCAGCAGCUGCUGCUGCUGCUGCUGCUGCUGGGGGCCCCGCAAGGCGAGUGCUGCUGCAGCUUUCUAUCUUGAGGGAUUUUGAUGUCUCUUGUGGGGGCCUGCGGCCUGCUGUAUACUUUGCUGCCCGGCCAGCAGCAGCAGCAGCAGCAGCAGCAGCAGAGGAGGCAGCAGCAGCAGCAGCAGCAGCAGGCCCGCAACACAGCGUGCAGCCCCACGCGGCCUUCUCUGCAGAUGGCGGCCUGGCUAUGGAGGAAGCAGCGGGCGAUCCAGCAGCAGCAGCAGCAGCAGCAGCAGCAGCAGCAGCGCAGCAGCAGCAGCAGCAGCAGGAGCUGCGGUCAGAAGGAGUAACUCUGCAGUUCUCUGUGAACCUACAGACCUUCAACGAGCUGUCUGUACACCUGUGGCCGCUGCACUCCCUGGUGGAGCUGCAGCAGCAGCAGCAGCAGCAGCAGCAGCAGCAGCAGCAGCAGCAGCAGCGACUGACUGCAGCAGACAUGUUCGCGCUGCGAGUGCUGCAGCAGCAAAGCUGUUGGCGCAACCUGCAGCAGUGGCGGGGAGACCGCAUGCAGCUGGAGCAGUGGCUAGCUGAAGCAGCAGCAGCACUGGGUCUGCUGCAGCUGCUGACGCUGGCCUUCUACCUUUCUCCCGCUGCAGCAGCAGCAGCAGUUGCUGCUGCUGCUGCUGCGCCGCCGCCGCCUGCUGCUGCACUUGCUGCUGCUGCUGCCCCCGACUCCCUCCAGAUUAUAGUCGAGGGCGCGCAAAUACCCCCGCCAAGCCCCGCCCCCUCCCAGCAGCAGCAGCAGCAGCAGCAGCAGCAGCAGCAGCAGCAGCAGCAGCAGCAGAUAUUUGGCGGUUCCAGCUCGCUGCGGCUGAUGUACAGCGGACUUGAGUGCAGCUUGAGUGUCUCAAUGACUAGUGGGGCUUUGCUGCUGCAGUGCUUGUGGCUGCCGCCGCGGCUGCAGCAGCUGCUGCAGCAAGCAGCAGCAGCACACGUGGGCGAUCUGCUGCUGCUGCUGCCGCUGCUGCGCCGCCUUGCCUUCUGCAUGCGCUUUGCGCAGCAAGCAGCAGCAGCAGGAGUCGCGGUGCUGCCAGCAGCAGAGGUAGGAGCAGCAAGAUGGCGCGCGCCAGCAACAGCAGCAACUGCUGCUGCUGAUGCUGCUGCUGCUGCUGCUGCUGCUGCUGCUGCACCACACCCAGAGAGUGUCUUCGCUACAGAAGCAAUAGACGCGCUGCAGCAGCUGCUGCACUGUGGGCAGCACCAGGGAACUGCUGCUGCUGCUUCCAAGCCUCAGCAGCAGCAGCAGCAGCAGCGCAGCGUAGCUGCUGACAGCAAGACUGCAACGCUGUUUCUACGCCUUAAGCUGCAGCAGCAGCAGCAGCAACAGCAGCAGCAGCAGCAGCAGCAGCAUGCAACUGUCGCUGUUGUUGUAGAUGGUGAGCGCCGCAUUUCGGCCACUUACUUGCUUGUUGCUGCUGGCAGCAGAGGCGCAGCAACAGCAGCAGCAGCAGCAGCAGCAGCACUUGGAGUGCCUGGUGCUGCUUCCAGCAGCAGCAGCGCGGUGAAGCAGCAAGGCAGCAUAUUCGCCACCUUGCGAUUGGCGCAUCCUCCUCUUAGCCUGCAGCUGCAGCAGCAGCAGCAGCAACAGCAGCAACAGCAGCAGCAACAGCAGCAGCAGCAGAAAAUGGAGCAGGAGAUUAGCAUGUGUGUGACGGUGCAGCAAUACGUUGCAGCGCUGCAGCAGCUGCUGCAGCAGCAGCAGCCAGUGGUUGCUGCGCUGCAGCAGCUAGCGCAGCAGCUGCCAGCCUCAGUGGAUUGCUGCUUAGAGCCUUUCUGUCCGGCUGACGAGGGUGCUGCUGCUGCUGCUGCUGCUGCAUGCGCAGCAGCAGCAGCAGCAGCAGGCGAUGAGGAACCUUCAAUAGCAGAGAUUUCGCUGACGAGAGAACUGCUGCUGCAGCAGCUGCAGGCAGCUAAAAUUGAGGGCGAGAAGGCGGAGCAGGGUCUGCAGCAGCAGCAGCAGCAGCUGCAGCAGCUGCAGCAGCAGCAGCAGCAACAGGGGCAGGAAGGACUGUUGCUGCAGUGGAGCUUGCAGCAGCAGCCAACAGUGCUGCUGAAGUGCAACACUGGCGAACCAGGGGACGGUGCAGCAGCUGCUGCUGCUGCAGCUGCUGCUGCUGCUGCAGCGGUUGCUCAGCAAGAGGAAACAACUGAGGAGCAGCAGCAGCAGCAGCAACCUUGGCUGGUGUACAUACACCGCAAAAGGCCUGCAGUCUCCUUUGUUGCUGUUCCCCGAGCAGCAGCAAACUCCUGCUGCUUCUCGUUGCUGCUGCAGCAGCAGGAAGUUGCGCGGUGCACGCUGCUGCCAAGUCAGCAGCACGUAAGGUGGCAGCAGCAGCAGCAGCAGCUGCAGCAGCAGCUGCUGCUGCAGCUGCCGCCGGUUCGUAACGAUGUGUCAGUCUCCUGCGUGCUGCACCAAGCUGAGAAGCUGCAGCAGCCGCAGCUGCUGCAGCAGCAGCAGCAGCAGCAGGAACUCCAGCAGCAAUGGUACUACUGCAGCAGCAGCGCCGCCACGUCCCCGCUGGUUUCGGGGCAGCCUGCAGCUGCUGCUGUUACAGCGCAGCAGCAGCAGCAGCAGCAGCAGCAGCAGGUGAGCCCCGUGCUGGCGGCAGCAGCAGCAGCACAGGAGCUUGCAAUAUUUCGUUUGCUGCAGGAGGAGGCAGCAGAACUGCAGCAGCAAUGGAGAGAAGUGCUGCUGCUGCAGCACUGCUGCCCCUUCUCGCUGCAGUUCCGUCUGCGGCUGCUGCACGGGCGCGCGUUGCUGCACACAGCAGCAGCAGCAGCAGCAGCAGCAACACCGGGAGCAGCAGCAGCAGCAACUGCUGCUGCUGAGCGCGAAGCAGAAGCACAGCAAGAAACAGUUUGUUUGCGCUUUAGCGUAUGCAGGCAGCAGCAGCGGCAGCAGCAGCAGCAGCAGCGCGAAACUGUGGUGGAAGUCAGCAGCAGCAACGUGCUGUUGCAGCAGCUGCUGCAGCAGCUGCUGCAGCAGCUGCUGGGCACUGCAGCAGCAGCAGAACAGAUCCACAGCAGCAGAAGGCCGCUGCGGCAGCUGCUGCGCCUGCUGCUGUGUGGGGCGGAGUUCCUCUGCUGCUGCUACAGGCUGCCUGCUGCGCUGCUGUGUUACAAGUCCAUCGGGCAGCAGCAGCCGCAGCAGCAGCAGCAGCAGCAGCAGCAGCAGCGGGCGAAGCAGCAGCAGCUCGUACUGCAGCAGUGGUGCCACGCAGCAGAAGCAGCAAAGGGAGGAGGGGUCUCGCUGCUGCCGUUUUACGUGGAGGCAUCUGCAGCAAGUCGCGUUGCAGCAGCAGCAGCAGCAGCAGCAGCAGACGCAGCUGUUGCUGCUGCCGUCGCGGGGGGCGGCGUAGCGCCCGCCGCAGUCGAGGCCGAAGCAGCAGCAGCAGCAGCAGCAGCAGCAGGACCUGCUGCACCUGCAGGAGACUGCGCAGCAGCAGACUUUUUGCUGCCUUGUCUCAUGCUGCACUUGGAGGGGCUGCCGCCGCUGCUGCUGCGGCAGCACGCGCGCUGCCGCUCUCUGGUGUCUAUACACCUCGUCAUUGAGGAGACGCGGCAGCUCAGGCAGCAGCAGCAGCAGCAGCAGCAACAGCAGCAGCAGCAACAGCAGCAGCAGCAGCAGCAGCGGGGAGGGCCUCCGAAGCAGCAGUCGACACAGACCAUCACCUACUUCUCCCCUGCGAGUCUGGCCAGCAGCAGCAGCAGCAGCAGCAGCAGCAACAGCAGCAGCAGCAGCAGCAGCAGCAGCAGCAGCAAUGCAGCGCUGUACCCCGAGGACUUUGUGGUGGGUCUUUCCCACGUGCUGCAGCAGUUCGCUACUGUGGCUUCCGCGGUGGUAGCGCCGCAGCAGCAGCCAGACGACAGCAGCAGCAGCAGCGCAGCAGCAGCAGCAGCAGCAGCAGCAGCAGCAGCAGCAGUGCGCCACUUGGUAGGGGGCCACGGCAGGAGGUGUCUGUACACCCCACAAAAGCUGCGAGCUUCUCGGCGGGUAAAUUCGCCGCCGUGUUUGGAGUGUAUAGCCAGCUCAGCAGCAGCAACAGUUUUGGUGUGGCCGGGGCUGCUGCUGCAGCAGCUGCUGCUGCCCCUGCUGCAGGUCUGCAAGCUCUACAUCUCCUUUGCUGCUGCUGCUGCUGCUUUCAGCCCCAGCGACAGAAGCAGCAGAAUUUGCUUUGCUGCUGCAGCGCCAAACCAGCUGCUGCUCAGCAGCGGCUCCCCUGUAGCUUCACUCGACAUCUCCCCCGCACCACAGCAGCAGCAGCAGCAGCAGCAGCAGCAGCAGCAACAGCAGCAACAGCAGCCGCAGCAGCAGCAGCAGUGUACGAAGAUUGUGCUGUCGCUGUCCCUUCAUUGCCUCCAAGAGGCACUUGUCUCACCGGGACUGCAGCAGCAGCAGCAGCAGCAGCAGCUUAAACACGAUCAUCAGCAGCAGCAGCAGCAGCAGCUCGUUGAACAAGACCAGCAGCAGCAGCAGCAGCAGCAGCAGCAGCAGCAAACGACUGUGUUCUACAUGCAUUGGUCAGAUGCGCUCACUGAGUCGAUGCUGCUGCCUCUAAAUGAGCAGCUGCAGAAAGGUUCCUCCUUUGCUGCUGCUGCUGCUGCAGCUUCUGCUGCUGCUGCUGCAGCAGAUGCUGCUGAUGAAAAGAGCUGCAAGCCCAUCACUGUCAAGCUGGAAGGGGUCUCCCCGGCAGACCUGGCAAUGCAGCAGCAGCAGCAGCAGGUGCAGCAGCAGCAGCAGCAGCAGCAGCAGAUCCCGCAGCGGCAGCAGCAAAUCUGUCGCUGCUGCGGCGAAGUUUGCAGCAGCUCCCCUGUGCUGCUACGUGGUGAAGCUGUGGCAGACACUGAGAGGUUGGAGCGUGCUGCUCCGUUUGCGCAGCUGCUGCUGCAGAUGAACUGGGAAGGCAGAGGCACUGCAGUGCUGCAGCAGUUCGUGCGCCUUUUGGGCCCUUUGCUGCCGAGCAGCCACAUGUCUCUGUUUACUGCGUAUUUGCGGCAGCAGCUGGAGACAGCAGCAGCAGCAGCGGCUGCUGCUGCUGCUGCUGCUGCUGCUCCGGGUGCCGCGCCAAGCAGCAGCAGCAGCAGCAGGGGAGGCAGCAAAGAUGCUCCUCAAGAGUUCGCCUGCUGGAUGCUGCAGCCCCUGAGAAGUUUGCUGUCGCACUUGGCGCUGCAUGCAGCUCUUGCUGCUGCUGCGCUGCGCUGGCAGCAGGGGGCUCCUGCUGCAGCCCGCAGCAGCAGCAGCAGCAGUGCAGCAGCAGCAGCAGCAGCAGCAGAUGAAGGGCUGGAUGAAGAGUUUCAAAUCAAACGGCUUAUUGCUACGAAGAAGAGAGGCGCGCGGGGCGUUGCAGCAGUUCCUGGUGCUGCUGCUGCUGCAGAGGAAGGAGCCCCAGCAGCAGCAGCAGCAGCAGCAGCAGCAGCAGCAGCAGAUGGGCUAAGUGGCGAGGGUCUCUUCUUUGCUGCUUAUUAUGGGAUGAACAUAAGGGACUCACCCACGCUGCAUCGGGUUGCUGCGCUGCUGCUGCAUCAUUUGCUGCCGCUGCUGCAGCAGCCGCUGCUGAAGGAUAAGUUUGUGCGGGCAGAAAGGGCUGUUGCUGCUGCUGCUGCUGCAGCAGCAGCUGCGGACAAGGCUGCGCAGCAGCAGCAGCUCCUAAUGCAUCCAGACAGAGAGCCAACAGCAGCGCCCGCAGCAGCAGCAGCUGCUGCUGCUGCUGCCGCAGCAACGGGGACAUCUCCUGCAGCUGCUGCGGGGCUCGCGGAGCCCUCGCAGCAGCAGCUGCUGCAGCAGCAGCAGAUGCUGCAGCAGCAGCAGCAGCAGCCAGCUGAGGGCCGCAGCAUGCACCUGGAGCUGCUGCUGCCGAAGCAGCCGCUUGUCUUCCCCCAGUUUCUGCCCCCGGAGACCCCCGAUAGGUAA